AUGUCAGGGUCCGACAAGAAAGUGCACCUGGUGCAGGUCCUCCCCGCCGACACAGACUCCGACAUCCACGACGCCGAGCUCUCCUCCGAGUUCACCAAGGAUGAGCACGCCCUCACCUUCUGGGCUGCGGCCCGCCGCCACUGGCCUGCGCUUGCCUGGGGGACGUUCAUGAACCUGGCAACAGUCCUCAAAGGCAUCGACGGCGGCGUCGUAAAAGGCCUGGUCGGCCUGGACAUCUUCAAAUCCACCUACGGCUACUACAACCCAGAGAAAGGGGAGUACAUGCUGGCCGCACAAUGGAUCUCCGCCUUCAACUACGCCAACCUGCUCGGCGCGAUCGUAGGCGCCCUCCUCUCAGCCCUCGCAUACGACCGCUUCGGCCCGCGCAUCAUGAUCGCGCUCUGCAGCGGCUGCUCGAUCGCCUUCAUCUUCAUCCAGUUCUACAGCGAGGCCCCGGCGCAGCUGUUCGCCGGCCAGCUGGUCAACGGGUGCAUCAUCGCGUUCUACCCGAUCUGCGCGAGCGCGUAUGUGGGCGAGUGUCGGGAGUCUGGUGGCGAGUGGGAUUCUCAAGGGCACCGAGCCGAUUGGCACGAGCAUGUCGUAUAA